AUGACAUGUGCUGGAUCCAAAUGGGGUAACUGCUGCAGUAAAUACUCAUACUGGCUUCGGCAAUUGCAAGCCUGCAUCCUCGUCCGUCUCGUCCGCCUCGUCCACGCCUGCAAAGGCCCCAAUCGCACCGGCGAGCGUACCACCAGCUGCGAGCACACACGCAGGCUCAUCAUCAGCCUCGCCGCCAAGCACCGCGUCGUCUUCCACUACCUCGUCCCAGGCCACGAGCGCAUCGCUCGCCGACCCGGUUCCAUCUUCUUCAUCCACGAUUCCGUCGGUCGAAAGCCUGUACCUAACGCAUCGGUCACCGCAGUGGAAAGCUUGUCUCCGCUGGAAGCCACUCCAGAGUCAACAGCGGCCUCGGAGGUCGAUUCUGCGGCUGGCCAGCCUCCAGCCUCACUCGCAACGUCAGGGGUCACCGCCUCAACGGACGCUAUCACCAGCUCUCCAAGCGUCUUGAAUACCCUUGCAGAGUCGCCUGCCACUACUACCGAGCUUUUGAGCACAGCCACAUCGGAGGUCGCUUCCUCGCAAGUUGAGAUUGUCUCUUCCGUCGCAUCGACCACCGCGCUUGUGACAUCUGUCGAGCCGUCCACCACACCCACGCCAGUGUCUACAGAAUCUCAGGCUGUACCGAUGGAGACCGAAACUGAGACCAUCUCUUCGACUGUUGCUCCCGUGAUUACCGCUUCGCCUUCGUCGGAGUCUAUAGCAUCCUCCGAAACCGAGACCAUCUCUUCCACCGUUGCGCCCGUGAUUAGCGCGUCACCAUCGUCGGAGCCUGUCGCAUCCUCCGGAACCACCCCCACACCAGUCCAAGAGACCCCAUCAAGCUCAGUGGUCGAGACGCCGUCGCCACUCCCGGAGAUACCCGCUUCAUCAUCCCCAGUGCCUUCCAUCGUCGCGACAUCCACCACGUCGGCGCCAGCAACUUGCAACACGCUCGCCGCGAGCUAUAAUCCCUCUUUCGAAAGCGGAGCCAUUGCACCAUGGACCAACUUGUACGGUGCUAAUACUGCGUUCGGAAAGACCGAAGUCCUGUUUGCUGACAUGGCACCCUUCGCGCCGCUCGACGGUUCGCAUGCGCUUUACACUACGUUGACCAACCGGUACACGGGAGCCCAGAAUUGGAGGUUCACGCUCCAAAACGUCUACAUCCCAGCCGGUAGCAACUACAACUGCACGGUCGGGUUUAAGAUAGUUCAGACCGACAAUCGCGCACGUUACCCCGUGCAAGCCGUUCUGGCAAUCGACAAUCAAGUCGUGACUUACAUGGAGAACGGUGUAUCGAAGGGUAGAUUCGUAGGCGUGUCGACAGGUCCAGAGGAGGCUGUUUGGAAGACGUUAGGCGGUCCUGGAGUCGCGAAUGCGCAGGACCAGCAUACAAUAAUAGUUGUCGUUUACUCCGGCUCUGGCCUCAAUCUCGCUGCGAGUACAACUUUCGCAAUCGAUAACCUGCAAUGCUUUCCAACAGGGCAAUGCACGGCGUAG